CGGGAGCGCGCACGCCGUGCGUCCCGGGCUUGCCCUUGGAGUGUUGCCUGCUUACCGCGGCCGGGGAAAGGCGAAGUGUUUGGCCCGCCAUGUUCUCCUUGGCGCUCCGGGCCCGGGCCGCGGGCCUCGCGGUGCAGUGGGGACGACAUACAAGGAAUUUGCAUAAGACAGCUGCGCAGAAUGGUGCUGGAGGAGCCUUAUUUGUGCACAGAGAUACUCCUGAGAAUAACCCAGAUACACCAUUUGAUUUCACACCAGAAAACUACAAGAGGAUAGAGGCAAUUGUUAAGAACUACCCAGAAGGGCAUAAAGCGGCAGCUGUGCUUCCGGUCCUGGAUUUAGCCCAGAGGCAGAAUGGAUGGCUGCCCAUCUCUGCUAUGAACAAGGUUGCAGAAGUCUUACAAGUACCUCCAAUGAGAGUGUAUGAAGUAGCGACUUUUUACACAAUGUAUAAUCGGAAGCCAGUUGGAAAGUAUCACAUUCAGGUCUGCACUACUACACCUUGCAUGCUUCGGAACUCUGACAGUAUACUGGAGACCAUUCAGCAAAAGCUUGGAAUAAAAGUUGGAGAAACUACACCUGAUAAACUUUUCACACUUAUAGAGGUCGAAUGCUUAGGAGCCUGUGUAAAUGCACCAAUGGUUCAAAUAAAUGACAACUACUAUGAGGAUCUAACACCAAAGGAUAUCGAAGAAAUUAUUGAUGAGCUCAAAGCUGGCAAAACCCCAAAACCUGGGCCAAGGAGUGGACGUUUCUCUUGUGAGCCAGCUGGAGGUCUUACCUCCUUGACUGAACCACCCAAAGGACCCGGCUUUGGUGUGCAAGCAGGCCUUUAAUUUAUAUACAAUUGUAAACAUGUUACUGGAGAAAUAAAAUAUGAACCUUCUGUA